CAAAGCAAAGUUUGGGGUUUUAACAAAAAUUUGUGGUUAGCUUUCGAUUUUUGGUGCAUUCAGCGUGUGAAUGAUCCAUUUGAAGCUACCCAUGCUGGCUUUAUCGAUUGAGACGCUUUAAAGGCUUUAAGCCCAGUUUUAUUUACCCUAGAGGUUUAUUAUAUUCACAGCUAUUAGGUUAGCACUCUGAUUUAUUGGCGUUUGGCGAUAAAUUCCAUCAAGCUACUUGCGCAGUGGUUUCCUGGAGUUUAAGCGGGACGAAACAGUUGAUACUGCAGGAUUAUGGCCGGGAUAGUUUUACAAGAUGAAAGAUGACACUCUGAUUCUGCCAAACGUACCGGAAAAGGCGCUGGACAACGCCGACUUCUUCUCCAAACUCUUUCAGAAUGACAUUAAUGGGCUUGUUGGUGAUCUACAACCCACAGAUCGACAGAUUUGCAAGAGGAGAUCGAGUUUUGGCAGUGAAGCCUUCUCACCAAACAAGAGACGGGGACGCAUAGUUGCAUUUUCUAAUCAAGAUUCUGCAGACGACCAAGCAGGCUCCCAAAAUGAUCAUUCGUCGGCUAUCGAAAAUGAUCAAUACGAGUCUGUGAGACAGUAUCAGGACAUUGCUGAGGGCUCCGCUACUACACAAGACGAGUGUAUUAGGGAGACCCAGGGUCGCAUAUCGCACUUGACAGACGUGUAUACACGGCAGAUUAUGGAAUGUAUAGAGAGAUCAACGUGCAGAGAACAGAUUCACUCGGAACUACCUGUAAUUAUUUCCAGACUCUGCCACGACCUGGUUGGCAACAGUGACGAAUACACUCUCAAUCUUGGUAAACGCAUCGACCACUUAACACACGAAAAGUCGGCACUCUGUAACAUUAUCAAAUCGCAAUACGAAACCAUCUCUAGACUCAAGGACGUUGAGAUUACGGCAUUAAGGUCUGCACAAGAGAGACAGGCAUACAAGGCAGAAUUGGCUCGAUUGAGGGAAUGGGUUGGCGGAUACCCUUCCCAGAGCAAUUUUAGCGAUCACUUUAGAAAACCGCCGGAUGUGUGCUAAUAUGCUCUUCCGGGUUGACACCUAAUUCUCCCAUGGGGACUAAUUUUGACAGUA